CAUACUGACAACAAAUGUCGACUGGUACAUAACCUCAAACUAAAAGGCGCCAAAUAAUUUGUUUGUGGAUUUGUAGGCAGCUACUUCCAAAUGUUACAAAAAAGCAUCACGUCGUUUUUUAAGCCCAAAGAUAGCGCUCAAAAACAAGGGUAUGUAAAGUAUUAUGCUUAAACUACUUAGUAAGGCGGUUAGGGUUGUUCAAAACGAACAGACCUUGCGCAAAAUAUCCCUGUCUAACCAUGUAAUUUACAAAUAUGUACACAGUUCCCCCAUUGGAGGAAAGAGGCCCAGGAAAUCAAGCAGCGAUGAUGCCUCCGAGGAAAAGCCGUCGAACGAAGAGGAGACGACUCUUACCGCCGCAGCGAAAAAAUCAAAAAUUGUGAACAAGGAAUCAAAGAUUCACAAAAGUGGCGUUAAAAGUCCCAAGGGAAGCGACUACAUCACAAGCAAAUCAGAAGAAGAAACUAGUCCCACUCCGGCAAAAAAGACUAAGUCAUCCAAGAAGAGUACAAACAAAGAUAAGAGAAUGGCUGAAACAAACAACGAAGCGAAAUUGGAGUCAGAAAACAGUGUCGAAACGAAGGCAACCAAAGAAGAGACUGUCGAAAAAAAGGAAGCUGCAACCAAUACAAAAGUCAACAACGUCGGUUUCGGAAAACAAAAGGACGAAAAGCAAACCAAGCGAGCGCGUUACGAUCCGAACGUUUCAAAGUACCAUCCUAUCGACUGCGCCACAUGGACGCGCAAAGAAAGGGUACCAUACAGCGCUCUGUCUAGAACCCUGGACGAAAUCGAACAGGUAUCCGCGCGACUCAAAAUGAUCGAAAUCCUCAGCAAUUACUUCCGAUCCGUCACGGUCCUCACCCCCGAAGACCUUUUGCCCAGCGUGUACCUUUGCCUGAACAAAAUCGCGCCCGCGUACGAGGGCUUGGAACUGGGCGUGGCCGAAACUAGUCUAAUGAAAGCCAUCGCCCAAUCCACCGGUAGGACCGUGGCGCAGAUCAAAGCCGACGCGCAAGAGACGGGCGACUUGGGCGUCGUGGCGGAACGUUCGAAAUCCAACCAGAGGAUGAUUUUCAAACCGGCUCGAUUGACCGUGAAGGGCGUUUUCGACAAACUGAAGGAAAUCGCCCAAAUGACGGGCCACGCGGCUCAAACGAAAAAAAUCGAAAAAAUUCAAUCGAUGUUCGUCGCUUGUCAGGACGAGGAGGCGCGGUUCCUAAUCAGAUCUCUGGCAGGCAAAUUGAGAAUCGGACUGGCGGAACAGUCCGUGCUGCAAGCGUUGGCGCUGGCAUGCGCGACCACGCCCCCAAACCAAGAGUACCCACCCCCACUCAUCGACAACUCUAGAAACUAUUCGGGUGACUCGUUCAAAGCGGAAGUCGAUCGGAUCGCGUUGAUAUUGAAGACCGCUUAUUGCGAGUGUCCCAACUACGACAAGAUCGUCCCCGUGUUGCUUACUGAGGGCGUCGAUAAGUUGCCAGAGCAUUGCAAGUUAACGCCGGGCAUACCGCUACAACCAAUGUUGGCACAUCCCACCAAAGGGGUCCAGGAGGUGUUGCAGAGGUUUGAGGGCGUGAAGUUCACGUGCGAGUGGAAGUACGACGGCGAGAGGGCCCAAAUCCAUAUCGACGAUAGCACGGUGCACAUAUUCAGCCGCAACCAGGAAAAUAAUACGUCCAAGUAUCCGGACAUCAUCUCCCGGAUGGACAAAUGCCGUAACGAAAGAGUGCGGUCCUGCAUAUUGGAUUGCGAGGCGGUCGCGUGGGACCGCGAGAAGAAACAGAUCUUACCGUUUCAGGUUCUUAGCACUAGGAAGCGAAAGGACGCGAACGAAGCGGACAUAAAAGUACAGGUGUGCGUUUUCAUGUUCGACUUGUUAUACUUCAACGGCGAGUCGCUGGUUAAGAAGCCUCUGGUGGAACGAAGGGAUCUCUUGAAGCGGCACUUUAACGAGAUCGAGGGCGAGUGGUUGUUCGCGAAAAGCUUGGACACCACGAGGAUGGAGGAGGUCGAGGAGUUUUUGGAGGAGAGCGUGAAAGGCAACUGCGAGGGACUGAUGGUGAAAACGCUCGAGCACGAUGCUACGUACGAGAUAGCGAAACGGUCGCACAAAUGGCUCAAGCUGAAGAAAGAUUAUUUGGAGGGGGCAGGCGACACUUUGGACGUAGUGGUUAUCGGGGGUUACGUGGGCAAGGGCAAGAGGACCGGAUGUUACGGCGGCUUCCUGUUGGCGUGUUACGAUAAGGAGAGCGAAGAGUACCAAAGCGUGUGCAAAAUCGGCACGGGCUUUAGCGAUGAAAUCCUGCACAUCCACUCGGAGUUUUUCAAGUCCCACGUGAUCCCGCAUCCUAAGAACUACUACAGGUACGACUCGUCGCUCGAACCGGACCAUUGGUUCGAACCCGUCCAGGUUUGGGAGAUUAAGUGCGCCGACUUGUCUCUGUCGCCCGUACACCGAGCCGGAAUCGGAAUUAUUGAUCCUGAGAAGGGCAUAUCCUUGCGGUUCCCGCGAUUUAUAAGGAUUAGGGAUGACAAGAACGUGGAAGACGCCACUACGGCUGACCAAGUGGCUUACAUGUACAAGAACCAAGAGCAGGUCAAGAACCAGCAGCAGCCCGCCAAAUUCUCAGAAGAAGAUUUUUAUUGA